UAUCCCUUUGCUUUAUCUGUCAUGUAUGCUGUGGGAUUAGAGGCUGGAGACAAAUAUGUAGCGUCCAGCUGUCGUUUUGAAGGGCCACGGAAUUGUGUUUGAUGGUUUUCCAUAGCAUCUGGGUACACGCGCAUUAUGACUCUCCAUUGAGCUGGACAGGAAUUGCAUGCCAUGUGAUAUGCCCAGCGAAAUUAAAACGAUAUUGCUCGAUUUUAUUGUGUCAGAGCUUCAAGCAAAAUAGCUGAAAAUGCUGAAUUAGACAAAAAUGUCAUUGGAUUAGGCUACAUUUAGGGUACAGUUUAAAUUAAUUAUUCGUUAGGCCUAUAAGGUCGUUGAGGCUGUCCUGAUUUCUCACCCUCUGAGUUAAUCCUUUGGCAUUAGAGUAGUCCUCGAAUGUCUGCAGCCCGGAGUGUGCAGCUCCUCUGGUAUAAAUGCACAUCCGCGUAAACGCAGAACGCAACCGGAUCCACAGGAAUUCCGAAUAGCGUCCUCGCAGCUGAUUGGCUCAGAGUUCUGACUCUUGUUGGGAUGGACCUGUUGGAUAAAAGGACAAUUUUCUGGAGGGAUCUCGGUUGUUACACUUUGGACCGUGCUCUGGGGACCAACGCAACAGACGAUAACAUAUUAAUACUACCCAAGACACCAUGACAGGCAAACAAGGUGCCAUAUUGUCGGAAACUUUGAAUAUAUCGAAAUCGACUUCUCUCGGUGCAAACGGAGGUACUAACAGCAACCAACAACCAAAGAAUAGCGCCACUCACCCGCCCAGAUGCACUGGUUUUGGGAUCCAGGAGAUACUGGGACUAAAUAAAGAGCCUUCUGCGGCCCCGAAGAGUACCAUGGGGUCUCUGCCCGUUGGGGCGCACCUGUUUGCCGCCAGGUCUAUGCUUGGCCCCGCUGGCGUUGGGAUGGGAUUAAUUGGCCCAGGAGGAAUUCCUUCGUUCUACAGUCAACCCGCGUUUUUGGAGGUACUGUCGGACGCACAGCAUGUUCACCUGCAGCCCCACAGUAGAUCUCUGGGGCACCUGGACGCAAACCAGUCAGCCAGUUCAGACUCGGAGGAUUUGUCAUCCAGUGAACGAAAACUUUCAAAGUCAAUAAAUCAGAGCAAGAAACGGAAGAAGAGACGUCACCGGACCAUAUUCACAUCUUAUCAACUCGAGGAGUUGGAGAAAGCGUUUAACGAAGCCCACUAUCCUGAUGUGUACGCGCGAGAGAUGCUGGCAAUGAAAACAGAGCUGCCCGAGGACAGAAUACAGGUCUGGUUCCAGAACCGACGGGCUAAGUGGAGGAAGAGGGAGAAAUGCUGGGGGCGCAGCAGUGUGAUGGCAGAGUACGGACUGUACGGAGCCAUGGUUCGUCACUCCAUCCCCCUGCCUGAGUCCAUCCUGAAGUCGGCCAAGGAUGGUGUCAUGGAAUCUUGUGCCCCGUGGCUGCUAGUUCAAGAAGGGUUUCCAAUCAACAGAUGCUUUUCUAAAUCCGAAUGCCCACAAUUCUUUACAGGGAUGCACAAAAAGACGAUGGAGGCUGUAGUCCAGCCAACAGGAAAGACAGGUGUGGCCCAGCAGCCGGCCAAUCAGAGGGCAGAAGAGAGCGAGGUGGCGGAGGAGACGAGAGACGACCACCAGGCUCCCUAUUCGAAGGAGGAACUGAGGGAGAACAGCAUCGCUGCGCUGAGGGCCAAGGCUCAGGAACACAGUGCCAAAGUUCUGGGGACAGUUUCACACGAGAGAACGGACGUUCAGCCGGACAGACGAGAAGCAGGAGAAGAAGAGAGGCCCGGGGAUCAUGUGACUCCGGCGGAGGAGAAGAAGAGUCCAUAGAGACCGUCACUAAGGACUGCAAAGUAAUACUCAGCACUGAUUGAUCCCUCCGUCUACAUUUGGGACUUUCCAGGAUGCCAGUAUUCAAAACUAAACCAGUCAUGUCCCGAUGAUUAACACGAGGAAAACACAGGCACUUUUUCUCUUUCUGACUUCCCAGUGUACAAACGAACAUUGUUGCUCAUGAAAUCGAUUCUUGCCAUUGCUUUGAUAUGGACAUUUGGAUGGCGUAUAGAUGUAAUGAGAAGUCUACAAUGAUAAACCCCCGUCACAUAACGAUUGUUUGAUUAUUUUUUGCUCAACUGAACACUUCUGGUACGCUGGAAGUGUUGUUAUUUUCUUCAUUCGAAAGAAUGUAUUGGAACUUCUGGAUAUUGUCACAGAAAGUGUAUAAAAGCAUCAAACGUCUUUGUUGGCAAUGUUUCCUGGAGUCAUGUAGAUUUCUGUUUAUAUAAUCUCUAUGUUGGAUCAGAACCCUGUCAGAGGUCUUAAUGAACAGAGCACAGGGGAAAUGGUCUUGAUGUUGUAAAUAAUGAAGAUAAUAAUAGCUUAUUAAAGCACUGUUUUAAAUAUACUUUCAUGUCGUCUUUAAGAGUUUGUGUAUCUGUUUCAUAAUAAUCUGUAUAAUAUUCAACACAAAGUAUUAAAAAUGGAUUUUUUAAUGUG